AUGAAGGGUUUUAUCUUUGACAGUGAAAUUCCUAAGAACUCCUUGAAGGCUAUCCUGUUGGACUUGGAGUGUCACUUCACGUGGCAUUUACUGAAAGAAGACAUCGAUUUGUUUGAUGUGGAAGAUACAAUCAGGCAACAACUUGACUUUCUUACUACAAAAUCCAGACUGACUCUUUAUAACCUAUUAGCUUAUGUGAAACACCUAAAAGGCCAAAGUAAAGAUGCUCUAGAGUGCUUGGAACAAGCAGAAGAAAUAAUCCAAAAGGAACACUCUGACAAUGAGGAAGUACGAAGUCUGGUCACCUGGGGAAAUUAUGCCUGGGUGUAUUAUCACAGGAACCAACUUGAAGAAGCUCAGAAGUAUAUAGACAAAGUCCAGAAUGUCUGCAAGAAAUUGUCCAGUACUACUCACUACAAAUUAGAGCAUCCCGAAAUAGACUGUGAGAAAGGGUGGGCACUCUUGAAAUUUGGAGGCAAAUAUUAUGAAAAGGCUAAAGGAGCUUUUGAGAAGGCUCUGGAAGCAGAACCUGACAAUCCGGAAUUUAACAUUGGCUAUGCCAUCACAGUAUAUCGGCUGGAUGAUUAUGACAGAGAAGGUUCCGUAAAGAGCUUUUCUCUGGGCCCACUAAGGAAGGCUGUUACCCUGAACCCAGAUAACUCCUACAUUAAGGUUUUUCUGGCAUUGAAGCUUCAAGAUGUACACGCAGAAGCUGAAGGGGAAAAGUAUAUUGAAGAAAUCCUGGACCAAAUAUCAGCCCAACCUUAUGUCCUUCGUUACGCAGCCAAAUUCUAUCGGAGAAAAAAAUCCUGGGACAAAGCUCUUGAACUUUUAAAAAAGGCCUUGGAGGCAACACCAUCUUCUUCAUUCCUGCAUCACCAGAUGGGACUUUGCUACCGGGCGCAGAUGAUUCAGAUCAAGAAGGUUAGACACAACAGACCUAAAGGAAAGGAUAAAUUGAAGGUUGAUGAGUUGAUUACAUUGGCUAUAUUCCAUUUCAAAGCAGCUAUGGAACAGGACUCGAUGUUUGCAUUUGCCUACACAGACCUAGCCAACAUGUAUGCUGAGGGAGGCCAGUAUAGCAACGCUGAAGACAUUUUUCAGAAAGCUCUUCGUUUGAAGAACAUUACUGAUGAUAACAAACAUCAGAUCCACUACCACUAUGGCCACUUUCAGGAAUUUUAUCUGCGGUCAGAAAGUACUGCCAUGCAUCACUAUUUGGAAGCCUUAAAGGUUAAAGAGAGGUCAUCUCUGCACUCCAAAUUGACUAGUGCUGUGAAGAAAUUAGCUUCCAAGAGACUUGGUUACAAUGCCUUCGAUGUGCAGAGUUUAAGUGCCCUGGGGUUCAUUUAUAAGAUAGAGGGAGCAAAGAGGCAAGCUGCCGAAUACUAUGAGAGGGCUCAAAAGAUGGAUCCUGAAAAUACAGAAUUCCUUACUGCUCUCUGUGAGCUUCGACUUUCUAUUUAAAUACACUCUCUAGAAAAUUAGCUCUAAGCUUCCCACUUCCCCCUUUUUGGGUUUUUAUAUUUUUGUUUAUUGUUUCAAUCCAGACCUAAUAUUUACUGAAUGAUUAUUGUGUGCCAGGAAUUGUGCUAAAUACCUUAUAUACAUUAUGAUGAA